AUGCUUCUGGGCAUCUUCGUAAAUUACGCUCAAGAAAAAAACAACCCCGAUGGUCGUAUCCUUAAACUGGAUGACGAAUACGCGGACACCAAGUCGACUCUGGAGAACCACAUCAAUGAGCUGUCCGGUCUCGUGCGAAUUCUUCAGACUAAAAACCAAAAUGCCGUUGAUCACGGUAAAUUUCUUUCCGUUUUUUACCACCUUCUUCUUACGUGUGUUUUCCCCCUGCAAAUACGAAAGUUUCUGUCCAAGAAGCAGGCUUUUGACUUUUGA